AUGCCAGAGGGCAGUCUGCCUCACAGAGCUAUUUUUUCCCAGCCCUGUGCUGAGUGGAAGCGACGGAGAGGUGGACAUUGUAUGACUUUGCAACAUGUAAGCUUAAUCGGGUUGGCAACUGCCCUCUCCCCCCGGAUGGGUACUCCGGGACUCAAAUCACCAGCAGUUACUGACAUUGGCACAAAUGGCCCAAUCGCGCAGUCAGUGGUGCUCAUGCAUCAAAUUUAUUGCCUCCACUGCCACCCGAUUUCCGAACAAACUGAACGCGCCUUCGCCUCCAAAAAUUGUUUGUACAUUCCACUUUCCCGUUUUCCGAUGAUCGAAACUGUAGCAGCUGGAACCAAUGUGCCUAUGGGACACGGUACCGUGGUUAGCUUUAUCUGACAGCUGGGCCGAUAUAUCGCAAUUUCAAUAACACAACCAAUAGAAUUUGGAUUCCGUAAUGUUCCGAUGUGCUAACUUUCGCCUCAUUUUUGCUGCUGGUUUGACUACGUGGGUGGCUGCGAUUGCAGGACUGGCUUUCGGGUAUUCAUCAGCUGCUGCAUUUCAAAUAUUUCUGAGCGUCGAAUGGUCUGCGAUAUUUGCUAGUUGUCUGAAUAUCGGCGGUCUUAUCGGAAGUCUCUUGUCCGGGUAUUUCCUGUCCAAAUAUGGCCGUCGGGCUACCAUGUUGGGUGCGUGUUUCCCAGGUAUAAUCGGUUGGAUCUGGUUACGACUGUCUGCCGGCAAGGUCUAUGAACGGUAUUCCCCAACGGUAACGUUUAUUUUGGGUCGCGUUUUGACAGGCGUUUCUGCCGGCAUGAUCAUACCAGCGACUGCAGCUUACCUGAUAGAAAUCGCUCCAACCAAUCUAAACGAUGUAUAUGGUGCCCUCACUCAAAUCGGGAUUGUGUCGGGUAUUGCAAUAGCCUAUAUGUUUGGUCUGGCGCUGCCUUGGGAGAUGGUAGCUCUUUUGAACUCCAUCCUGAUGCUCAUCACACUUCUGCUCAUCUUGGUUCUACCCGAGUCACCAAAAUGGCUAUCCAAAUCGGACAGAGCACAACACGCGAAUGCGGCCUACUCAUGGUUACACGGCUCGUCCCAACCAGUAAUCGAUGACGAGGCCUUAAAACCACUAGAGGAGGGGCAGACAUCAGAUGCGCUGGUACAACCCUCGUUCCGCUAUUAUAUCAUACCGUGCGCCGCCAUUCCAUCUGGCCAAAUGGCUCGAUUACGCGUGACAACCAUCUUGAUGGCUCUGCAACAGCUAACCGGCAUCAAUGCAUUACUUUAUUUUGCUGAAUCGGUCUGUAUGUUUGGAGGUCUUUCUUGGCCAGCUACCUGUGCCGUGCUCAUGGGGAUUUCACAGCUGUUCUUCACUCUGGGUGGAAUGUACCUUAUCAAACGGUUUUCACGCAAACACAUGCUUCUUAUCAGCUCAUUGGUAAUGUGCGGCGCGCACUUACUGCACGCGGUGAUUAUUUUCUUCGGUCAUCCAUACACGGCUCUAAACGUCGUAGGGAAGUUGUGCAUAAUUGUUUUCCUCUUCGGAUUCUCUAUUGGCUGGGGUCCACUUCCAAUUCUCGUCACCAUGGAUAUGUUCCCGGUAUCAACGCGUGGAUUUGCGAGCGCUUCGGGUGUCGCAGUGAACUGGAUUUUGAGUUUUGUGGUCACAGUAACCUUCGAACCGUUGACCCUGAUUUUGGGUGGUUCGACCAUGUUCCUGUUCUACUCGGUAUUUUGUUUUGUCGGCUAUUUGUUUGUCGAACGUUACAUUCCAGCCAACGUUUCACCACUGCCCCGUUGAUUCCUUUUAUUCUUCGAUUGCCGCUUGUUAGCUUUUAUUUUGUAACUUUUGCUGUGUUCACAAACCCUGCUGUGUUAUUCUUCGUUAACAUUUACGAUCUAUGCUUAUGAUACCAGAUGUCCUCAGCCAUUGUUAGUCGCUCACUCACUUCCGUCUAAUGCGCGUACUUGUUACUCACUGUUGGUCGAUCAGUCGCAUCUGGCGCUUUCUGGCUGUUUUCCACUUGAAGGCUACCUGAUUUUUCUAAUUCAAAGACUACAGUUGGUUGACAAGUGGUAUGGAUUCAUCUACGUUUUAUGCCAACUUUACUGUUGCUGUGAACUAAAUUAUCGACCAAAGCGGUCUUGGUGUCUUUCGUUCUGUAGGUUCUUGGCCGCUAUCGUUGUAAUUUGCUUGGUGUAUUGGUGUUUCCUUAAUCUUCCAACUAUUUGGUCAGUUGGCACGUGCCACUUCCUCAUGAAUUAGAAGAAUAUGAUGAAAGCUUCAUUGUCAGUUCAGUUGCGAGUGAACCCCUAAUGUCGCACUUGGUUUCAAUUGAAUCUUCUAUCGUUGAACCGG